AUGAACUGGCACCACCUGCCAGACUCCUCUCAUGCGGCUCCAGCAGGUUCCCACGAGUAUAUUUUUGGAGAUUUCAGCCCUGACGAGUUCAAUCAGUUCUUUGUGACACCUCGCUCUUCAGUUGAGCUCCCUCCGUACAGUGGGACGGUUUUGUGUGGAGCGCAGCCUGCAGACGAGCUCCCCUGUGGCGACGGACAAGAAUAUCAGAGGAUUGAGUUUGGAGUCAAUGAAGUAAUAGAGCCCAGCGACACUUUGCCGAGAACCCCCAGCUACAGUAUUUCAAGCACAUUGAACCCUCAGGCCCCAGAAUUUAUUCUUGGUUGUACAGCUCCCCAAAAGUCCCCUGAUGACCUAGACAAAGACACCACCCGUGGCCCCGUCGAAUGCCAGUACCCAGGCUCUCCCCCUGCUCUGGAGAGCAGGGCCAACGUGGAAGCUGAAGUUUUGGAAAAUGAUGGUGUCUCAGGUGGUCUCGGACAAAGGGAACGUAAAAAGAAGAAAAAACGGCCGCCUGGAUAUUAUAGUUACUUGAAAGAUGGCAGCGAUGGUAGUAUUUCCACGGAAACCCUGGUCAACGGCCAUGCCCACCCAGCAGUCCCAAACAGUGCAAACACGGAGGAUGCAGAAUUCAUGGGUGAUGUGCCUCCCUUGGUCACACCCAGGACUUGUAACAGCCCUGAGAGCUCCCUGGACUUCAUCAGUGAUUCUCUGCCUGAGGGACCUUUCCCCGGGGGGCUGGAAGGUCAUGCCAGGACUGCAGGGCAGUCUGCGCUGUGCCACCUGACUAGUUUGGAACAGGCCUGCCUCCCUGCAGAGGCUGGCAGGGACAGCCUGGUGAGGACAGCUGGGGCUCAGCCUUACCUUGGUACUGAUACUACUGAGAACCUUGGAGUUGCUAAUGGACAAAUACUUGAAUCCUCGGGCGAGGACCCAGCUGCCAACGGGGUGGGGGUGCAUGUGGUGGGAAGCACGGACUCGGAGCCCGCCCGGCCUCAGAGUGCUUCUCCCUGCGCUGACCCCGCGGCUCCCACCAGUCAGCCUGCUAAGUCGUGGGCUAGUCUUUUCCAUGAUUCUAAGCCCUCCUCUUCCUCGCCUGUGGCUUAUGUGGAAACUAAGUGUCCCCCUCCUGCCACAUCCCCUGUGGGCUCUGAAAAGCAGGUGGAAGUCAGAGAGGGGCUUGUGCCCGUGUCCGAGGAUCCUGUAGCCAUAAAGAUCGCAGAGUUACUGGAGACUGUAACCCUAAUACACAAACCAGUGUCACUGCAACCCCGUGGGCUGAUCAAUAAAGGAAACUGGUGCUACAUUAAUGCUACGCUGCAGGCCUUGGUUGCUUGUCCGCCGAUGUAUCACCUGAUGAAGUUCAUUCCUGUGUACCCCAAGGUGCAGCGGCCCUGCACGUCCACACCCAUGAUAGACAGCUUUGUUCGGUUAAUGAAUGAGUUCACUAAUAUGCCAGUACCUCCAAAACCCAGACAAGCGCUUGGGGAUAAAAUCGUGCGGGACAUCCGCCCCGGAGCUGCCUUUGAGCCCACGUAUAUUUAUCAACUCCUGACAGUCAUCAAGUCAAGCCUGUCUGAAAAGGGCCGGCAGGAAGACGCGGAGGAGUACCUGGGCUUCAUUCUCAACGGCCUGCACGAGGAGAUGUUGAAUCUAAAGAAACUGCUCUCGCCCAGUAACGAAAAACUCACUAUUUCCAAUGGGCCCAAAAGCCACUUGGUAAACGAAGAUGAGCAGGAAGAACCUGGCGAAGGAAGUGAAGAAGAAUGGGAACAAGUGGGCCCCAGAAAUAAGACUUCAGUCACUCGGCAGGCGGAUUUUGCUCAGACCCCCAUCACUGGCAUUUUUGGUGGACACAUCAGGUCUGUGGUUUACCAGCAGAGCUCAAAGGAGUCAGCCACACUGCAACCGUUCUUCACACUGCAGUUGGACAUCCAGUCUGACAAGAUCCGUACCGUCCAGGAUGCACUGGAGAGCUUGGUGGCCAGAGAGUCUGUCCAGGGCUACACCACGAAAACCAAACAAGAGGUGGAGAUAAGUCGAAGAGUGACUUUGGAAAAGCUCCCUCCGGUCCUUGUGCUACACCUCAAACGAUUUGUUUACGAGAAGACUGGUGGAUGUCAGAAGCUUAUCAAAAAUAUUGAGUAUCCUGUGGACUUAGAGAUCAGCAAAGAACUGCUGUCUCCAGGAGUCAAAAAUAAGAACUUUAAAUGCCACAGAACCUAUAGGCUGUUUGCAGUGGUCUACCAUCAUGGGAACAGUGCGACAGGUGGCCAUUACACAACGGACGUCUUCCAGAUUGGCCUGAAUGGCUGGCUCCGCAUUGACGACCAGACAGUCAAGGUGAUCACCCAGUACCAGGUGGUGAAGCCGACGGCCGAGCGUACAGCCUACCUCCUGUACUACCGCCGUGUGGACCUGCUGUAG